UCUUCCCCUCUCUCCCUCUCUCUCUCUCUUUCCCUUCUCUGUUCAAAUCUCAUCAAGCUUUAUAAUUUCUUCAAAAUCACUACGAAAAGCUUUCAAAUUUACGUUCGAGAUGGUUCUGACACCAUCGUCCAAGCCUAACCCCACUCAGAUGAGGACGCCGCAGUCCAAAAACCGGCUCAACUUUUCUGGAACGGCGGCAAGAAACCCUCAUCCGUCACCCAAUCCAAAUUCUGCAGUCAAAGAAAACCCCCCGGCUGAGCACCCAGUUGAAGUUGUUGGCCGGAUACGCAACUACCCAGAUCAGAAAGAAAACCCCGUUUCUUUUUUGCACAUCAAUUCCGAUGGAAAUACCCUCCGUGUCCGCACAGAUGUUGGGUACCGGGAUUUUACUCUCGACGGUAUUUCUUCCUCUGAGGAAGAAGAUCUUGAUGCGUUUUAUAAGAAAUUCGUGGAAUCAAGAAUCCAUGGAGUGAAAUUGGGGGAUAAGUGUACCAUUAUGAUGUAUGGACCCACAGGUUCUGGGAAGAGUCACACUAUGUUUGGGUGCUCAAAGCAGCCGGGAAUCGUCUACAGGUCAUUGAGAGACAUUUUGGGCCACGGAGAGGAGGAGAAUGAGGAAAACAGUGAGAGAUCAGGGAUUGGAACUUUUGUUCAGGUCACUGUUCUGGAGAUUUAUAAUGAGGAGAUUUAUGAUCUUUUAGCAAAUAAUGGUGGUGGAUUCGGAUUUGGGUGGCCUAAAGGGGGUAAUGGAUCUAAGGUUAAGCUUGAAGUAAUGGGAAAGAAAGCAAAAAAUGCAACCUUCAUAUCUGGGACUGAAGCUGGCAAAAUAUCAAAAGAGAUUCAGAAAGUGGAGAAGCGAAGGAUAGUGAAAAGCACACUUUGCAAUGAUAGAAGUUCCCGAAGUCACUGCAUGAUAAUCCUUGAUGUCCCAACAGUUGGAGGACGGCUGAUGCUCGUUGACAUGGCUGGUUCUGAAAAUAUUGACCAAGCUGGACAAGUUGGAUUUGAGGCAAAAAUGCAGACAGCAAAGAUAAACCAAGGUAAUGGUGCGUUGAAAAGAGUAGUUGAAUCCAUUGCAAAUGGAGAUUCUCAUGUCCCCUUCAGAGAUAGUAAAUUGACAAUGUUGCUGCAGGAUUCUUUUGAGGAUGAUAAGUCCAAGAUAUUGAUGAUACUCUGUGCAAGUCCAGACCCUAAGGAGAUACACAAGACACUUUGCACCCUUGAAUAUGGGGCAAAAGCAAAGUGCAUUGUCCGUGGUCCUCAUACACCAGUCAAGGACAAAAGUGCCACAGGUGAUCCAUCAUCCGCUGUAAUAUUAGGUUCCCGGAUAGCAGCAAUGGACGACUUCAUAAGUAAGCUACAGAUGGAGAACAAGCUCAGAGAGAAAGAGCGCAAUGAGGCACAUAAACAGCUUAUGAACAAAGAAGAAGAAGUUGCUGCUCUGAGGGCACUUUUAGAAGGGAAAGGAUCCACAGCCAGUGAAGAGGAGAUCAACUCAAAGGUAAAUGAGCGUACUGAGAUGCUAAAACUUGAGCUGGAGAGGAAACUGGAUGAAUGCAACAGAAUGGCUGAAGAGUUUGUUGAAAUGGAGAGGAGGAGAAUGGAAGAGAGGAUACUGCAACAGCAAGAGGAAGUUGAGAUGCUGAGAAAGCGGCUACAGGAAAUUGAAUUACAGCUACACCAUUCAAAGGAUGAAAAUGGAGAGAAAAAUGAAGGACAGGACCUGGAAGGAAGCAGCUUUGCCAAAAGGCUCUUAGGAAUCUAUGCUGAUGAAGAUCCUGGGAUGGUAAAAUCAAUGGACCUAGACAUGGGAGAUCAAGAACCAUUUGUUCGUGAUGUGAAACUUAUUGAUGGGACUAUUAAUCAUUCUGAGAUCAGAGUCAUCCAAAGCUUUGCUCCCACAUUUGUUGAAAAAUCUUAUUUGACCACUGUGUAUGAAGAGGAAGAAGAGGAGGAGGGGGAGCACAAAGAGAAACCGGAAGAUGAAGAAGUGGAGAAAGUAAUAAUAGAGGAUAAGAGGGUGUGCUCGAGCACGAAUGUUGAAGGUUACAGUCCUGGAAUCAAUGUCAAUUCUGGGUAUCUAGCAGCUUCUCCUCAGAAAUUUGAACUGACACCAAAGCAGUUGGAUCCUAGUUACGAAGGAAAGGAUGGAGCCUUAUCCAGACUAGAAAGAAUCCAGAACAUUUUUACGCUUUGUGGGAACCACAGGGAGCUCUCUCAACACAUGAAGACUCCAGUGCCACCUGCAAAAGGAUCAGAGGAAACCAUUGAUUCUCUUCUGUCCAAGUCUACAACAACCGCAGAUGAUUCUGUGCUGAAAAGUGUGAACAAGGAAAACAUACCAAUUCUAUGUGCAGCAGAUACUGAGCAAAGUACAGGUGGUGUAAUGGUUGUAGCUUCGAAGGAGUUCCAGAACCCCCCUCUAACUCCAUUAGAGAACAAGAUGUCACUUGCCACUAGUCUCAGAUUCUCAAAGCAAGGUGAUGUUUUAUCGCCUAAUCUAUCCCCACAUCUCAGUUCCACCCCUUUUAUCACCCUUAGAAGACGCUAAGGGGAUUUCCUUUUUCACGUUUUUGUAUAAGAUUGUAUUACUGGAUUGAAUUGUGCAUUAUGAUGCAUUUGCAAGGACGGAUGUUGGUGGGGGCACUACCCGUCUGCCCUCACGAAGAAGUUUCUUUUGUCCUCAUUAACUUUUUAUGAAGUCAUUCUCCCCAAGCAAAUGCAGUACUUCUAACUAUAGAAAUUGGAAAGAAAGAUAUUAAAUUAAU